ACACUACGCACGGGAGCUGUUCUCGUUAAACCCACGAAGAAGAGAAGGAGGCCGGUGAGAAGCUUCCGGUACACGGAGGGUCCGUUGCGCAAAUCGUCCGCUGUUCUGGUUUAGAAGGCCAAAUAGCGACUUUUCGCUACAAAGACGCGAUGGCUGCACCGUUGCGUUCACUUUACUGCGCGUCAAGGACAGGCACUUUUGUGUCCAGCCAGAUUCUAGCAAGGUCCUUUGGGGUGUCCACACAAAGGGAAGGAUUCAAGUAUGUGAACGCCCAAGAGAUCCCCACAGACAUGAAGUCCAUCACAGACCGAGCUGCUCAGACGCUACUGUGGACUGAGCUCUUCAGAGGGUUGGGCAUGACAAUGAGCUACCUGUUUAGAGAGCCCGCCACCAUCAACUACCCGUUUGAGAAGGGGCCACUGUCACCUCGCUUCAGAGGAGAACACGCACUGCGCAGGUAUCCUUCAGGAGAGGAGCGCUGCAUUGCCUGCAAGCUGUGCGAAGCUAUCUGCCCUGCACAGGCCAUCACCAUUGAAGCAGAGACUCGUGGUGACGGCAGCAGAAGGACGACUCGCUAUGAUAUCGACAUGACCAAAUGCAUCUACUGCGGCUUCUGUCAGGAGGCGUGUCCUGUGGACGCCAUUGUAGAGGGGCCUAACUUUGAGUUUUCCACUGAAACGCAUGAAGAACUGCUCUACAACAAGGAGAAGCUCCUGAACAACGGGGACAAGUGGGAGGCAGAGAUAGCUGCCAACCUACAAGCUGAUUACCUCUACCGAUAAACACACACAGUGUACAGUCAGCACAUACAAGAAUAACCUACCUGAUGCACAUACGUCCAUACUGUACAUACUGUAAGAGACAUACUCAGCUGUGGCUAUGCUUCAGAGAGGGAUUUUCUUUUAUUUCAAAUCAAACAUCACCAACCUAUUUCCUCUGGUUUCAAAGUCAUCCCCUUUUUGAACUAUGUUUCUGAUUUUACAAUCUGUUGUGGAUUACAUAUUUAUUGUGGAAUGAUGGCUGUGUGUUGAAGUGUGUGGCAGUCCAUCUGCCUCAGCAUGCCGUAGUCAUCCACAUGGAUGCGUCUGCACUGUCCCAUGCGACUGAAAGGUUCUGCUGUUGCAGUAAUUGGCUCUGUUCAAUGAUUGCAGAUAGAAGUAAGAUGUCAUACACCAAUAUACAUGGAUUAAUGUUAAUAUCUUGGACAUCAGUGCAGAGUUGCUCUUUGUAUUUUUUCCACCCUUACUCAAGAAAUAAAAUCCUGGGAGAAACUCUG